UGCUCUGCUAAACCACUAACGUCGGCAGGUGCACGCCUACACUGAAUAAACCCAUCGACUGUAAUCCUUACUGUACACAGCGGAAUCUUCUGCCUCACUAUAAGUGUGUUACGAAUAAAGCAACAAUGGACAAUUCUGGAAAGGAGAAGGAAGCGAUUCAGCUAAUGGCCGACGCUGACAAGAAAUGCAAGACCUCUGGCUCUUUUUUGGGAGGGAUGUUUGGAGGAGGACCUCAGAAGGUGGAAGAAGCAUGCGAGAUGUACUGCAGAGCAGCAAACAUGUUCAAGAUGGCCAAGAACUGGAGCGCUGCUGGAAAUGCAUUUUGCAAAGCCGCACGUCUCCACAUGCAACUGCAGAACAAACACGACUGUGCCACCAGCUUCAUUGAUGCAGGAAAUGCUUUCAAGAAGUCUGACCCCAAUGAGGCAAUCAAGUGUUUAAAUGCUGCCAUCGAAAUAUACACAGACAUGGGAAGAUUCACCAUCGCAGCCAAACACCACAUCAAUAUCGCAGAGAUCUACGAGUCUGAACUGGUGGAUAUUGAAAAGGCUAUUGCACAUUAUGAACAAGCAGCAGACUACUACAAAGGGGAAGAAUCCAACAGCUCUGCCAACAAGUGUCUGCUGAAGGUGGGGGCUUACUGCGCCCAGAUAGAGCAGUACCAGAGGGCUAUUGAGAUCUACGAGCAGGUUGGAGCUAACACGAUGGAUAACCCACUGCUGAAAUACAGCGCCAAAGAGUAUUUCUUCAAAGCUUCCCUCUGUCAUUUCAUCGUCGAUGAGCUCAACGCUAAGAUUGCUAUUGAAAAAUACGAGGAGAUGUUCCCCGCUUUCUCAGACUCUCGAGAAUGCAAACUGCUGAAGAAACUUCUUGAGGCUCAUGAGGAACAGAACAGUGAAGCUUUCACAGAGGCAAUAAAAGAUUUUGACUCUAUCUCACGUCUGGACCAGUGGCACACAACCCUCCUACUGCGCAUCAAAAAGACCAUCCAGGGCGAUGAAGGGGAUUUAAAAUGAAGAAAGAAUCUGGGGUGUAAAAAUGCAGCACAGAGGGACAAAUCCAUCAUGCAUGCUUACACACACACACACACACACACACACACACACACACACUUUCACUCACCUCACUGCGUAUAGAAUCUGAAGACGACUUUGAAUAUUCCACUACUGCUACACCGUCAGAGUACUAUCUUUGCUUUCCUUACGAGCGUAUCUGAAUCUAGUCAGACUGUAAAUCCUCCGCCCUCAACUCUGUCUAGAGGAUUGCUGCAUACCCUUUUUCUGCUGGAAUCUGUCCUGGGGGGGGGGGACAGAUUCCCCCCCAAGCACUGCAUGUUUUGUACAAUUAUUGUUUCCUAGUCAGAAGCAGCUUGUUUUUUUAAAAUGUAGUUUGUUAUAUUUAAAACAGUUAUUUAAAUGUUCAGUUUGUUAUCAAGAAUGUACUAUUAUAUUUAUUUUGUAUUUGCUGGAGUAGGUCAAUGUGUUGUUAGGAAUUCCAGCCACAUAGAAAGUGAUUUUGUUUUCCAAUGUAUUACUACAUGGAGCGACUCUUCUCGAGGAAGACCAAGGGUAGACUGUUAAACAUUUUGAUCUAAUCACUGAUUCUUUCCCUAACACACGUGCAUACUGAAAUUACUUCUGCUUCUUUUAAUAUUACUUUCGAUUUCUUCAUGUACUUUGAAUGUUUGAAUCUGUGGUUUCUAGUUUGCCUGUGGAAGAAUGUAUCUUUGAAUGAAUAGCACUGACGUGGAAACCUUUCCUCCUUAUUUCCAGGGGCAGUAAUCUUAGGGGUUGUGUGCAUCAUUACUCAUCUCAUGCUGUGUUGUGAUGUGAACUUAUCCUCGAGGGUUUACUACUGCAGUUCCCCUUCCAAACGGCCAGUCGCUAAAGCAUGUCAUUGUGUAUAGAUUAGCCUCGUGUUACAUUCUCUAGUGUGAGCCAGACCAAAGUUUUUACUAAAGGGUCGAGUCGCCCUCCGCAUCCAGCUUCUUCCACACGGAGUGACAAUGGACCUUGGAUAUGAUCUGUAUGCUAGUACGAAUGGACAAUAAUAAAGAUCUUAUAAUCCCA